AUGAAGUCAAGUAUAUACAUCUUUAUUCUUACCAUUCAUUUGGUAAAUGGAUUCUUACCAAGAACUCCACCUCCGGGUCAUUGGCAAACGAAAACCCAUUUUGAUAUAACCAACACUGGAAUUUUACAAGCAGUUUCUGAGUACAUUUUCGAGACAAAAAAUACCAGUGCUUCAUCUCCAAGUUUUGCUUUAAAUGCUUUCUUCGGUACAGAUUAUAAUGGAAUGGCAAGGAUGUUUGAAACAGUUAGACACGUUAGAACUGCAGUUGCAGACACACAAGAAAACAAAAGAACUGUUGGUUAUGUUCAUUGUAAUGCAGAUCAAAUCAAGCUUGGUAUUAAAGGAAAGCAAUUAAUGACAAUAGCAAGUCCAGAGGAAGAUACUUGUAAAGACGUACCUAACAUAGAUAAAGGCUGUAAAGAUAACAUGUUAGUAGAGAACAAACUGACGAGUGGCUAUCACCAUGGUCGAGGAAAUGUAAAACCCCCAAGAUCUCGAGGUUCCAAGACAGGAAAAUGUAGUCAUGGUGGACCGGCCGAUACAAGCCGACGAUUGCCAGCGAAGUGUGGAAUUAAUAAAGAUACAACAGUAGAAAAGCUUUCACCACACUACCAUCUACACGACGAUGCUUAUCUCGCAGCUGUAGCUGCAACUAAACAUUUGUUAAUCGAUAAAGAUACAGGUAUUCUUCAACACCUCGGAAACAAAACAUUUGAUUUGCUUUUUCAUAUCAAACAACGGAGAAAAGUAUCAUUAUCGUUUGCUCUUGAUUAUUCUGGAUCAAUGGCAUCAGAAAUAGCAGCAGUCAAGGAGAAAAUAAUUCAAAUUGUCACAAGUACACUAGGGUCUGAAAAUGAACCGGCAAACUACGUUUUAUCUUUAUUUAAUGAUCCGGCUAGUCUAAAUAAGGCCAACGUAUUUAGCAGUGGAUCUGACAUGAUACAAAACAUAUCAAAUGUAAUAGUUGGAGGAGGAAAUGAUUGUCCAGAACUAGCAGCAGCCGGAAUAUUAAAUGCUAUUGAAUUGUCUCUACCCGAUUCAACAAUUUUUGUUUUCACUGAUGCUGAUGCAAAAGAUGCACACAGGAUAUUAGAGAUACAAACCGCAGCUAAAUCCAAACAAAUUAAAGUUACUACACUUCAGACUGAUAAAUGUGCAAGAAGAAAGCGGAAUUCGGAUUCAGAUUACCGAUAUCAACGUGACACAAACUUCUUUGAGACUGUAGCGGCUUCCACUGGAGGCAAGGUUUAUCAAACGAACAAGGAAGAUAUAGGAAAUAUUUUGGAUGAAGUUAUUGAGAAGCUAUCUCCAGAAAAGUAUUACUUACUUAGAACGAAAAAAGCUUAUGAAGUGAAUAUAACAGCUCAAAGUUCAAUUGAAGUUGAUGGUGAAAUUGUUGAGGAAAACGAGAAUGGAUCAUCGAUAUCAGUUGAAGGGUCUCCAAUAGUUGGUAAUAGUACAGGAGCUAUUUGUAACAAAUACACGUACAUAGUAUCAAUAGUUAAUUUUGGUAACGGCACAUGCACUGAACUUUCAAUCGUGGAUAUGGAUGGGAAUAUGCUAAUGAGCUACGAACCAGCUGUGACAUUUUCUUACAUUGAUAUGUUGUGUUCUGCAGAUAUAGUUGCACCAAACACUGCAUUUCAAGUUAAAGUAGUUGCUAUAGAUGAGUCCAAUACCAUAAUCAUUCGCACUGUUCCAUCGGUCAUAAGACCUUCUAGUGUUGCACUGACAAUUACAUCAUAUAGAGAUGACAUUGCUCUUGACAAGGAACACGAAGUCUGGUACAGUGUUGUUAAUACAGGGACAAAUACAGAGAUGUACAAUAUUCGAUUGCACGACGAUAAAUCCUUUGCUCUUGAACCUCUGACACAUUACCAUACCUUACAUGCUGGAGAUCAAGCAAAUGGAAGUUUUAUCUUCUUUCCGAAAAACGAUGUUGGAAUACUAACGUACCAAGUAAUAGCAGAACUGAAUAAAACGUCAGAAAGACGACAAACUAUAACAAAAAGGGUAUCGGUAACGACAACUGAGCGGCCAGUCUGUGAAGUAGUAUAUGUUUUUGGCAAGUGUGAAAUUCCUUCACUAAAUACUGCAAAUUGUUCAAAAUAUAAUUGGUAUGCUGAAAGUUCUGUAUAUUUUCGUGGAACAGAAAUUGAAAGCAUAUCGUCUUCCGGUGGUUCGGCUGUUCAUUUGGAAUAUCAGAAUUUAACAGACAUCACUGAAGGACCCCUAAAAAUAAAUAUAAGUGGUGUAUGUUGUACACCUUAUGUAACAAUUGAUGCAACCGAUGUUGACGGCUUCAUGUCACAUUGUAUACUAGAUUUAUCUGACGGACUUGAAGUUGAACCCGUCGAUCCAGUUGAUGAUGUUGUUACAAUUCCAUCUACACCUGUAAGUAGCCAGUGCAAUUUGCCUUUUAAGAAACUAGAGGUCUAUGGGUAA